UAGUCUAGGAUACUCUAUCGAUCACGGCAAUGCAAGCAACAUAACCUUUUAUAUAUAUUUGUUGACUUUCAAAUUCACAAAUCCGAUCUAUAAAAAAGCGACCUUUCUUUCACCACUUGUUUUACAUCAAUAAUAAUCUAAACACCAUCAUCACCUGUUUCAAAUUUGAAUCAUCACAUCAUGUAUUCUCCAAAAGUGGAUCAAAAAAACACCAAAAAACCUUCAAUAGCAAUUAGGGUUCUUAAGGCACCAGUAAAAGUUAUGUGCAAGAUCCGGGACUUGUAUGUCUCCAGCAUGUUCAGAUGCGCAACCGGUAUGGGUGGUCCAACAGGUCCCUACAGCUCCGGUCUGCCAAGAAGCUACAGCACGGCAUCUUCGAGAACCGACGAUGAUUUUAUAGAACUCAUGAGGAUUGCUUCCAUCAGAAGUUUGGGUAACAGGUUGGAUCCGGAGUUUCUCCGGCGGCAACAGAGUCCAGUGCCGCCGGUUGUGCCGCGCAGUCAAAGCGCGGCUAUUGGUAGAAUUGAUGAAGACAAGGCUUGUGAAUUUGGGAAUGAUUUUAGAUUAAAUUCUGAGAUGUUUCCAAGGAGUAGAAGUCAUGCAGUUGCAAGAAUGUAUGUCUGAGAAUCUCAAUCUGAGAUAGGGUUUACAGGAACAGGUUUUUUACAUGUCUGACUGGGACUUUUAAUCUGAAUAUUUAAGAAUUCUUGUUAUGUUUCACACUUUUUUUUCUUUUUUUUCUUUUUUUGGGUUGUGAAAAAAAGGUGGGUUUUCAAUUUCAUACGAUAUGACAUCAAAGUUGUCUUCCUUUCUAGCUCUUAUCUUCAUUUAUAAGAAAAUGAUAUUUUCUGCA